GUGAAGGUGCUGCAGCUGGAGACUCAGCUGGAGCAGGAGCGAGUCCGUCUGGGGGAGCUGAGGAAGAGGCACUACGAGCUGGGGGCCUCCGGGGCCGCUGACGCCGAGGACGGGGCCGAUAGCUUCCCGCCGCCGCCGCCGCCGACUCUGCUGGACUCCAAGACAGUAACUCAGUCCUUCUCACAGACGCAGCCGUACCUGAACACACAGAGCCUCGCGCCCACCAACCCGUUUGCUCCGGCGCAAACACAGUCGUACACACCGACAAGCACAUACACACCCUCUGCAACAUACACACCCUCUGCAACAUACACACCCUCUGCAACAUACACACCCUCAACAACAUACACACCCUCUGCAACAAACACACCCUCUGCAACAUACACACACUCUGCAGCAUACACACCCUCUGCAACAUACACACCUCCACAAACCUAUACCCCGUCUCAACCGUACACGCCAUCUCAGCCCUACAUACCGAACCAAACCCAAAAUUACCUAAACCCUCAGUCUUACUCGCUGUCGCCGCCCACGACUCAAACCUCCAGCCUCUCGCGGCCGCAGUCUCCGUCUCUGUCCCGCGCGAACCCGCAAAACAACGCCGAGACCACCAAACCGGCCUCGAGGAAACCCAACAUCUUCACCAAAUCUGGAAACUUGCUGAAGAAUGCGGUAAGUGCUAAAACCCGCUUGCUAGA